AUGUUCAUUUUGCAUUUAAGUGUUUUAUAUUGCAUCAAAACAGCGGAACAACGAAUUUACAAUCUGAAAACGAAACUAUGCAAGGCUGUGAACAAUUUUCAUGUGGAUGAAGAUCACGUAGCGUAUAUAGAGAACUGUGCACAGGUUGAGAUUGCAAGAGAGUUGCUGGUCAGGUAUCAAACGGAGUGUUCGUUGCUCAAGUUGAACUUAUGGAAUGGUGUUAAUGAGUGGAAGAAUGCUGUUGGAUCGUAUGUAGCUGAAGUGGCGAAGGAAUUUAAAACAAAUGUUGCAAAAUGGAAGGAGGAAUGUAUGGGUGGUGUUAUAAGAAGUGCUCUGUGUGAAGAAAGGAAAGAAAGUGUCGGCAUCAAGAAUGCAAGGCCUAUACUUGGAAAUAAAAAUGUGAUGUGCAGGGGAGGAGAGGUAAGUGAUACCAAUAUGCGAGGACCUGAUAAAAGUGUAGGCACACACGGCAACGAGGGUUACAAAUUUACAUCAAGGUCCACUAAAACAAACAUAGAAAACAACAAUGGAAAGUUAAUGAACAUAAUAGCAAUAGUUAACGAGUUUUUUACGUUCAACAGAGACAUAGAAACAAUCGUAAAUACGUAUUUGGAAAAAUUGUACCGAAAUGUUUACGAUCAAACGAACAGGUUGUUCGAUAAAAACGAUUUAUUGGGAGGUCAAAUGCUAAGUAUUGUAUCUAAGGAUUUCGGGAAAUAUUUUCUGCCAACGGCUGCUAAUAAAACAUUCGUGAAAAGAUUGCCAACGCAUCUCAAAUAUUCUAUUUGUAGUAAAUUAAGAAAAUAUGAAAAAAUGUACAAUGAGAUGAUAGAGAUGGUAAAUUCAAGCGUAGCGAAUUUUGUUAGAACAUCACUAUAUGAACUAUAUGAAAAGUAUAUCAUAGAAAUCGAAGAAUACCGGAGCAGAUUGAACGAAUCGUUGUAUGAAAUAUUUUUGAACAAUAAGAAAAAAAUUUUAGAUCAGUAUGAACGGUUAGAAAUUGAGUUUUGCAAGUGUUUCAUACAGUGGUACAGCAUAUGA